UUUUGUUGCACCAAUGCGGCCAUCGUGGUCAAGUCUUGUUUUUAUUUACUUCAUCCACGCGCGUGUCUCACUCGCUAAUGGAUUUUACGCUUACACGGUCAAAGACUUCUCUUUGCCCGGCUCCCAUUCCUCGGUUCGCAUGGCGGAUGACUGGAUGAGCUGCAUCAAUUCCUGCAUGCAAGAUGACCAAUGCGUGUCUUACAAUUACGAGUAUACGGCAAAGAAGGGUGGACUUUGCCAAUUGAAUACUUGUGCUGUCUCGCGCAAAAACCAUGCAGAGUUUCUUAUUUCCGAUCCAGGAUUUCUAUUUCAGCAGCUAAAAUCAGUGGAAAAUUCCGCUCGCUGCCAGAAAACUACUAUACCCAGAAAGCAAGAAUGCCUUCCGAAGUGGUCUCUAUUCAAAGGUCACUGCUACAAAUUUGUAAAGGAGAAGCAACCUUGGAAAGACGCCGAGCGCAAAUGCCGCGAAACGCCUGGCAGUCAUCUUACCUCCGUCCACAGCGCCGAGGAAAAUCAUUUUAUAACAAGCCUUGUCCCCCCGUCAUUCCUUUACUUCUGGGUAGGGGUGCAAAAUAUUAAAACUGCCGAUGUAUAUGUCUGGGCGGAUUUUACACGCCCAGACUAUAAUAACUGGGAGACCUCUGAGCCAGAUGGUACUGGGUAUUGUGGGAACGUUAAACAGUUCGACGGCAGUUGGCACGAUUUUUGGUGUUACCAGCAGCAUGCGUAUAUUUGUAAAUAUAAGUUACAGCCCAAGUAAUAAUAAGUACACUUGCAUUUGA